UAAAUGAUAUUCAUCAUGCACCUAUGACAACUGGUCUGCUCUCGUUCGGAGUACAAUAUAGUGUCCUAUGGGUAAUUGAGCUAUCACCGUAAAUAAGUAAAUAUUUCACGCACAAUAUACUAGCGCAGUCCGCCGUCCGUUGCGUGGUCGGUUUAUACCCCAAUGGAUGUGUGCCAAGUGUUGCAUUAACAUCAAUAUAAAAAAUAAUAAUAAAAGUAAUAAAAUAAAUAGUAACAAUAAAAAAAAAGAAAUGACGAUGAAGCAGCGUGUUCCAACUUCACCCCUUCGAGGUUUACGUCUGAAAGCGCGACGAAGACGAAGGGGAGGAGGAAAGCUAAACACAGCGGCCACAAGCCUCCUGUGUUCGAGGAAGGCCACAGGACCAGGGCCCGGAUUCUCGCUCCGCCCUGAGGGUUAAGUGCACGCGCAGGGACCCUUUCGUCCAUUCACAAAGCAUGGACAGAAGGGCCUCUUCGCGUCGAACCGAGAAUCCGGGCCCAGGAUGCUUGACCAGAAGAAGAAGAGGAGUAGGAAGAAGGCUCGAGGGACAGAGGCAGUAACCCUUUUAAGGAACCAUUGCCAUAUCACCGCAAGGAAAUUUGCGCCCAGAACAAGACAGUGCUCUACGAGGCCCUUCUAAUUAUUGCAUGAACCAUCAAAAAUACACCAAUACGUCCCUCACUUCCUGCACUUCAUCCGCAUCCUAUGCUGGUCAUGCCGACGCAAACGCUCGAACCACAAGCACGGAGCAAGAGGUACUUGAUUUGCUUUGGAUGUGCUCUCAUCGCGACGUCCUUAUUCAUUGCCUUCGUGUACAUCGCCCUCUCGCCGCAUGUCGCCCGUCGGAGUGCCUUAAAGGUCGACGUCUGCAACACAUUCGCUUGCCAAGCCUACGGAGUCAUGAUCACCAGGACCCUGAACACUUCCCGCAACCCGUGCGACGACUUCUAUCACUACGUCUGCGACGGCUGGAACAAAAUGCACGCCACGUCGGUAUACGAGAACCACAUGAACCAGUUUGUAGAGCAGCUCUCGCGUGAGCUGCAGGUCCCUGUACCGGCCAAUAACCAGACUGCGGCUCAGAAGGCAGCAAGACUUUACCAGUCCUGUAGAGCAGUGGCGACUCAAGCGGUCGACGAGACGGAGAACUUCCGACGCAUUCUACGCGACUGCGACAUCGAUUGGCCAAAGAUCUCUUCAACUGCAGACGCACUUGCGACGCUGGUAAAGUUGUACAAGACAUUGAGAAUGGACACACUACUCAAUAUUGGCAGGACUCACCACAGAGGUGCACAGGCUCUCCGGAUAUUUCCAGCAUCCAUAGUAUCUAACACUCUGAGGCGAAGAGGUCUCAUCAACAGCAGAGGGAAGUACGAGGAGUACUACGCAAACAUGGUCAACUUCCUCAAGACCGCGGACACCAAGGAGGAUGAACUGCAGCCUUACUCAACUUUUGCGCGGGUCGAGGCGGAUAUCCUCGUGGACUUGCACAGCGCAUACAGGAGCGGACGUAACAGACCGCCUCUAACGCUGAACCUAUCGCAGUUGCACGAAAUAACGCCGUCCAUACCUCAAAUAAGAUGGAACCUCUUGCUGAUCUCGGAACAAGUAACAGAGUUCAGCCCAAAGCUUCCCGUCCUCGUAGAGAAUCCGCAAUACGUUCGCACGUUCAGCAACCUCCUGAGGACGAAUGGUGAAGAGACGGUGCACCUGUACAUCGGUUGGCUCGCUGUCCAGGUCAUCGCGCCACACUUGACGUCAGACGUGGCCGGCGUCUACUGGGGUGGCCAGAGCUUUGGACUCGACAACAACGUCCACCUUUGUUUGCACUUCACCGAGGUAGCCAUGGGGUGGGCCGUCUAUUCCCAGUUCAACAGCAAAGCCUUCGACCAGGCUAGCCUGGACAAGGUCCGCAAUAUUACUGCAGACAUCGCCACAUCCAUCGCCUCCAAAUUCGCGUACGGAGUACUGGACAACGCCACGAUGAACAAGAUCGACUCCGACCUGCGUCGAAUGCUGGAACUUUAUGACAGGUACCAGACAGGACGAGCGCUGAAUGAGGUAUUCAAGAAUGUGAGUGAUAUGGGCAGUACCUUCUCAGCCAACUGGUUGAACGUGGCGAAGGGCUUAACCGACUACUACGCCAACGGCACUGAUUUCGUGAACAGCUUCUUCACAAAUUAUAUUACGACCUCCAACGUAUAUAGCUUCGACUUCGGGGGCACGUUGCUCGUUCCUCCGUACGCCACUAUGCUGCCCACAUUCGAGCCAGACAUAGUGGACUCCGUGCAAAGCGGGGCCCUGGGAACCAUUAUUGGUGUCACAGUUUUCAAUGCUAUCCACAAAACACUAUUCAAUAGCUCUUCGAAGGAACUGCAAUGCUACCGAAACGUGUUUAGUAAUACCCAUAAUGCAGAUUACCUGGCGGACUCUGCAAUUUCCCUGGAGAUCGCUUGGAACGCGUAUCGUAGCUACGCAAUGCGAAGCGGGCUUCGCACGAGGAUCAAGGGACUACACAGCCUGUCCGCGGACAAACUGUUUUUUAUUUCUCAAUGCUACCUCCUGUGCGGGCCCCAGGACGCUCUACACCGGGCUGAGAUGUGCAACGAACCGCUGAGGCACAGCAAUGCAUUUUCAGAUACUUUUACGUGUCUUACGGGCAGUGCAAUGAAUGCCACAAAGUGCAGCUUGUAGAAAAUAAUAAAGCAGCACCAAAGGCAG